AAAUCUCCAUGAGUUGGUGAGGGAGAGAAAAAGAAAAGGGCUUGCUUUUUCUUGAGAGAGAACAACAAAAAAUGGUGGAGGGACAGGAAAUCCGAAAGGGUCCAUGGACAGAGCAAGAAGACAUCCAACUGAUUUGCUAUGUGGGCUUGUUUGGCGAUCGAAGAUGGGAUUCCAUAGCAAAAGUUUCAGGUUUGAAGGUGGCGGGAGACAGUUGCUAGGAUUGAACAGAACAGGCAAAAGUUGCAGGCUGAGAUGGGUUAAUUACCUUCAUCCUGGUCUCAAGAGAGGGAAGAUGAGCUCUCAAGAAGAGAGGCUCGUGCUUGAACUUCACGCCAAAUGGGGGAACAGAUGGUCCAAGAUCGCUAGGAAAUUACCAGGCCGCACAGACAACGAAAUCAAGAACUACUGGAGAACCCACAUGAGGAAGAAGGCACAGGAGAAAAGAAGGGCUUUGUCUGCCUCUUUGUCGUCGUCAUCAUCAUCUUCUUCUUCUUCAUCCAAUAACUCCGCAGUGGAAUUUCCUGCAGAUACUGGACCAGUGAAGUUCUUCGACUCAGGGGGGUCUGAAGGAUCUGAAGUUACAGCUUUGUCAACGACAAAGAAGAAGAUGGAGGAGAAUCAAGAACAGGGUGAUCCGAAUGGAUACUCCAUGGAUGACAUAUGGAAAGAUAUUGAUCUGUCGGAUCAUGAGAGCUUGAUUAUGAAUCAAGAUGUGUACAGUGAAGAGGACUGCAACUUUUCUUGCCCUGCUCUGACUUCUUCUUCUCCAUGGGACUACUACUGUGGGGAUUCUCUGUGGAGGAUGGAGGAGGAAGAGAGUAAGCUAAUUUUCUCUGGCUAUGAUCAUAACGGGAGGCCACGCCUUGCUCAGGCUAAUCAGAAUUUUUUCUAUUGAAUUUUUGUGUAUAUGUGUAGUGAUUAAUUAUAUCCAAGAAGCGUGCCUCUCCUCUUGUCUUAAGUUUUCUGAUGUUGUAAUCACUAAUCCAUUGUUAGUAGAGUAUCCUUAGCUAUGUUUUGUUGAGAUGUUCAUAACCAAAAAUAAUGGAAACUGAUGGCUUUAGAUCCAUUUUCUCU